UCUCGGGAAGACUGACGGGGUCAGGUGCCAUCAUGGCUGCGGAAGAGGCAGAUGUGGAUAUCGAAGGGGAUGUGGUGGCUCCGGCUGCGGCGGCACCGCCAGGAAAUGAUGAAAAUAAAGCAUCACUUUUACAAGAUCACUAUCUGGACUCAUCAUGGAGAAAUGAGAAUGGCCUUAUUCCUUGGACUCUUGAUAGCACCAUCAGUGAAGAGAACAGAGCUGUCAUUGAGAAAAUGUUGUUGGAAGAAGAGUAUUAUUUAUCUAAAAAAUCACUUCCAGGAAAAUUCUGGCUUGAUAAAAAGGAAGAUAAUAAAAAACAAACGAACAGUCUGCAGAAAACAGCAAAAAUCAUGGUACACUCUCCUACAAAACCAGCCAGUUACUCAGUAAAGUGGACGAUAGAAGAAAAAGAGCUGUUUGAACAAGGGCUGGCUAAAUUUGGUCGAAGGUGGACUAAAAUUGCAAAGCUGAUUGGAAGUCGCAGUGUUUUACAAGUGAAGAGUUAUGCCAGACAAUACUUUAAAAAUAAGGUAAAAUGGAGUCCAGAGAAAGAAACACCAAAUCAGAAGAGCAGCAGUGAUCAUCAGGUUAAAAAUGAAGAUAAAGGGACAAAGGCAUGGACACCAUCAUGUUUAAGGGGACGUGCUGAUCCCAACCUGAAUGCUGUAAAAAUUGAAAAGUUGUCUGAUGAUGAAGAAGUAGACAUCACAGAUGAGGUGGAUGAGUGGGCUUCUCAGACAUCACAUAAGAAUUGUAGCAGUGGUCUCUUGUUAGACAUUCCUAAUAGUAAAACUCAUGAAUCCAGUCAAGAAAUCAGAAGCCAGGAAAUUCUCUUUUGCAGAUCUUCCAGGGAAUAUCUUCAGAACAUAAAACAAGAUGAGAUGAAAACACUUUCAAGCUCAGAAAUUACAUCAUGGACCAAAAAACAGAGCAACAAUGAAAAUGACUCAGCUGAAGUAAAUGAUCAGAAAUGCAAUAAACUGAUUAAAAAUGGUGACAAGCAAGGUGGAAAUGGAAUAGAUGACUCCAGGCAGUGUCCUUCUCCAGAGCCUUGUGAAAUUCAGAAAGAUUUUAGUGAUAAUGAAAUGCUUUUUCAUUCUUCCUUCCAAAUGGUGGAGGAAAGCCAUGAGGAAGAAGAGCUUAAGCCACCAGAACAAGAAGUAGAAAUAGAUAGAAAUAUUAUUCAGGAAGAAGAAAAACAAGCAAUUCCUGAGUUUUUUGAGGGACGCCAAGCUAAAACACCAGAACGCUAUUUGAAAAUUAGAAAUUACAUUUUGGAUCAGUGGGAGAUAUGCAAACCGAAAUACUUAAAUAAGACCUCAGUACGUCCUGGCCUGAAGAACUGUGGGGAUGUUAAUUGUAUUGGACGGAUUCAUACAUACCUCGAGUUGAUAGGAGCAAUCAAUUUUGGAUGUGAACAGGCUGUAUAUAAUAGACCACAACCAGUUGAUAAAGUUCGAAUCAGAGACAGAAAAGAUGCAGUAGAAGCAUACCAGCUUGCCCAGCGUCUGCAGUCUAUGCGAACAAGGAGACGAAGGGUUCGAGAUCCAUGGGGAAACUGGUGUGAUGCAAAGGACUUAGAAGGACAAACAUUUGAGCAUCUGUCUGCUGAGGAGUUGGCAAAAAGAAGAGAAGAGGAAAGGGGCAAACCUGUUAAACCUUCAAAAGUGUCAAGACCAACAAAAAGCUCAUUUGAUCCCUUCCAACUGAUACCUUGUAAUUUUUUCAGUGAAGAAAAGCAGGAGCCAUUUCAGGUGAAAGUAGCUUCAGAAGCACUUUUAAUAAUGGAUUUGCAUGCUCACGUCUCUAUGGCAGAAGUAAUUGGUCUGUUAGGAGGAAGAUACUCAGAAGUUAAUAAGAUAGUUGAAGUCUGUGCAGCAGAACCAUGUAACAGUCUGAGUACAGGACUACAGUGUGAGAUGGAUCCUGUAUCACAAACACAGGCCUCAGAAACCUUGGCUGUUAGAGGUUACAGUGUUAUUGGAUGGUAUCAUUCUCAUCCUGCAUUUGAUCCUAAUCCUUCCUUAAGAGAUAUUGACACACAAGCCAAAUACCAGAGUUACUUCUCCAGAGGAGGUGCAAAGUUCAUUGGGAUGAUUGUUAGUCCCUAUAAUCGAAACAAUCCUUUACCAUAUUCCCAGAUUACCUGCCUGGUUAUAAGUGAGGAAAUUAGCCCAGAUGGCUCCUAUCGUUUACCUUACAAAUUUGAAGUACAACAGAUGUUAGAAGAACCUCGGUGGGGAUUAGUAUUUGAAAAGACAAGAUGGAUAAUAGAAAAAUACAGGCUCUCCCCUAGCAGUGUCCCCAUGGAUAAAAUCUUUCGCCGGGAUUCUGACCUGACUUGUCUGCAGAAACUUUUGGAGUGUCUGAGAAAAACUCUGAGCAAAGUAACUAAUUGCUUCAUUGCUGAGGAAUUCUUGACGCAAAUAGAAAAUUUGUUCCUUUCCAAUUACAAAAGCAAGCAAGAAAAUGAAGUGGCUGAAGAUACUGCAAAGCAAUUAUUAAUGUAAUUAUUAAAGUAAGACAUUUUAAUCUAUAGAAUAGAUCCUACUUUUAAAGUUAUAACCUUGAAAUGAUUGUAAUUUAACUGUGGCAUGACUUUGCGAUAAUUUUUCUCUAGUGAACAAAAAUCUACACUUUUCCACAUAAAUUUAUGGAAAGGAGGAGAUAUGGACUUGUUUUCAUAUAGUGGUUAUCAGAGUGUUGUGUAAACCAGGGCCCAUCACACUGUUCCUGUCCUUUAUCACGCAGUGCAGUAGACUAUGAAAACUUAUGCAGGUGGUCUGCUUUACUGUUACAUUCAGAUUGAUAAGUGGAUUAUCCUUAAUUUUUGCUUUUUCCCUGAACUAGUCACUAUUUUUCAUUUUGGCAUCUCACAUCUCAUUAGAAGCACUUCCAUUAUUUGCAUAUGUUCUGGUGAGAUUUGUGUAUUUGUUAUUCAGGAUUGCAAAUGAGAUAUGGAUGGGUGGUCACUGAGAUAAUUAACAUAGUGGAGAACUACUAAUUAAUAAAUAACAACAUGCUGUAGGGGGCCAUGAGAGGCAUGAGGAGAAUAUUUUAAAAACCAACAGAAGAAACCAGAGGAAGAGAAUUAAAUUACCAGGGUUUGGUUUUGGUGGGGUUUUUUUUGUUCCCCCUUCCUUUGGUGCUAGGGAUCAAAGCCAGGGCUUCAUAUAUGUUAGGCCAGUGCCCUGCCACUGUGGUGAAUACUCAGUCCUGAAUUGCCCGUUUGCUUCCAUUAUGUUUUUAAAAAGCCCACAAUACUUUAGAAUAUGCUGUUUUCUCAGCUGUCUGAAAUGUUUAUGAAUUUCACAUGCAUAAAUAAUUAGCUCCAAUUAUAUGUUCACUUUCCAUUAGUCUGUGAUCAUCAUUUAACUGGAUCUGGUAAUUGUAACCCUCAAACAAGAUUUUUUUUUUCCUCCACUGUCUACUAUCAGAAGAAAGGCAAAUUGCAGUAAAGUCUAAAUAAAUUAGAGGUUUAACUUUUAGAAGCCGAACAAGCAAAAAAGCCUUCAUGUAUUUUUACAUAUUCAAUCCCAGUUUCAUGUACUUUCUGAAUGGAGGCCAGCAAACUUUUCUCUUUUUUAUGAGUAUAUAAGCAAAGCUUUAAUUGGGAAAAGAAAAGAGGGAGAAGGUCUUUACCUCAAGGUGAAAGGGAUAGCCCUGACUCAGAGAACUGUCAAAAUCCAGCAAACUUUUAUAAUGUAAGGGUCCAGUUACUAUAUAGUUUCAGCUUUUUGGCCAUGUGUGGUCUCUGUCAGAAAUUCUUCAAUUUUUUUAAUAGCAUUUUAAAAAUGAAAAAAUCAUUCUUAGGUCAUUGCUUUCACAAAAUAUAGGCUGCUGAUCUAAAGAACUGCAAACAGUCUAAUUUGGUAUUAGAUUCCUGAGUCUAAAACACCAUCUCAUAAUAAAAAUAACAAAACUCAGAAUUUUGAUCCACACUUAAGUACAUUAUCAAAUGAAAACAUGCAUUAUGCUGCCUCAUUCAUUAAAAUUUAACAAAAUUAAUUUUAGUUAAUUUCUAUUAAGCAGAGAAUUGAUUUAUACCUAUUCUCCAGGUAUAGUAAUAACAGUUAUUAUAUCUAGACUGGAUGUGAAUCCAUGUUUUUGUUUUAUUUGGUUAUAAUCAGUAGCCAAGGAAGAAUAAGGCAGUAUUGAAAGAAGCAGCUUUCCAAUUUUAGGUUAUCUGAGUCUCAACCUUGUGAUUUUGGGGAGGUAUAGUUUAUCUUCCCUGACCUAACUUAUUUUCUGUAGCCAGAGUCCAAUUUAACUUCCUAGUAUCUUUCUGGGUCUAAAAUUUUGAUUUAUUUGUUGGUCUACUUCUUUGAAAUUUUAUAUUUUGAAAUUCUGCAGUUUUCAGAUUAACAUUUUGAAAAGAAAACUGGUAGUUUUUCCAUUUCUCUGGGUGGAUUAAAAAAAAACCUUGAGGGUUACAAAUAUAAGAGUCCUAGUCUAAAAAUCAAGAAAUCUGAUUCUGGUAAAAGCUUUUCUGUGUGACUUAAAUCAUAUAAUCUUUCUGAACCCCAGGCUCCUCGAUUGUAAAUUAAGUGUAUGAAUUUUAAAUGACUUUGGUGUUCCCUUCAAGCACAAGAAGUAUAUGAUUCUAUGAAAGGCAAUAAUUUAUUCGUUUGUGCUCGUCUUUUGAUCUGUUUCCUCAUUGCACAUGGAGGAACGGACACUAGGAAGUAGUAAUUUUUAGCUCUCUGGAUUGAUAUAUAUCCCUAUAAUCCUGAUGAAUUUGGAUGAUAGAAAAUGUUAAAAGUACUGUUCUCAACUCUGGGCUUCUAAAUGUCAAUGGUUAACCAUAUUUACUAACCAAUCCAGUACUAUAAGGAACUCAAGGAUGGUAAUUGUCAUAGUGUAGGGCCUUGAGAGAACAAUUUAAAAAAUAACUUUAAAACAAUAUUUAUAGUAUUAGUAUUUACAUUAAGUAUUUUUGUCUUAUAAAAUAUUUUUUAAAUACAGAAAAUUUACUGUUUUCCUCUUCUCUUUUCCUAGUCAUUCUGCUUGCUUCCUUUAUUCUCUUCUCAUAUUCUAAACAUACCACCAACCUUAGGCAGUUGCAGCCAGGGCUUUGGAGAAGCAAAGAGGAAGCCUAGAAUUGAGAGAACUUGUAAUAUAGGAAAUUCAGGAGGCCGACUCCAAAAGAAAAACCCACCUCUAAUAAUGUUUCCAGAAGUAGAAAAGGAACUCAAAAAUAUCCAGGUCUCUUCAUCCUGAGUCUGUUAUUUAAUAUUAUUGCACAUGAUUAUAAGAUAAUGAGCUUAACUUUGUUUCUUUUUCUGGCUUGGCUAAUGAAGAUUGAUAUAAGUACUUCUUCAAUAUUAAACAGUUUUCUUUAAAAAUCAAAUUCCAAAGAAAUAUUCAAAAGAAGAAAAAUCAGUGAAACAAGACCAGUAAUAUCAGACUCUCUUUCUUUUCUUCCUCCAUUAUUUUAACCCUCCAUUAUUUUAACCUUGAACCAUUGUUCUUUGAGAGAACAGUCUUUUUAAUUACAGAUUGUAAUCCUUUUAAAUGAUCUUCAGUUUCUACAGUUGGUUAGAGGUAUCUGAUGAAUUUUCUCUGCCCCAGGUACUUUGCCUUCUUUGGGGGGGGCGGGGGGAUGUACCAGAGAUUGAACUCAGGGGCACUCAACCACUGAGCCACAUCCCCAGCCCAAUUUUAUAUUUUAUUUAGAGACAGGGUCUCACUGAGUUGCUUAGUGCCUCAGCCUCCCCAGUACUUUGCUUUCUUGCACCCCUUCUCCUGUACAAAUUUUAAAACUGUAUUUUAAAAUUAUGUUUGUAUAAAAUGAAUUUGUUUAGAUUUAGGUUUAAAAUGGUUUUUUCUGGGGUUUUUUUUUGUUUGUUUGUUUGUUUUGUUUGUUUUUGUUUUUGUUUUAAUGGUAAAUUUCUUUUUUUUUUUUCAUUAAGUUAAAAAAAUGUGAAAACAUUUUUGUGGGCCUUUCAGAAUAUUGUGAACCUGAGGCAUUGCUAAUUGGAUAGGUUGGCCCUGUCUGUGUUCUGAAGGGUAUCAUUGGGCUAGAGUAGUCAUUGCCACCCCAUUCAAGAGCACUGCAGUUCCCACUUUUACAGAUUGUUAGACUUGAACUUCAUAGGAAUGAAGUUGGGUUAGGAAGAAUCCCAGCCUAACCAAAACUCAGCAGUACUGCUUAGGAACACUCAUCUUCAAAAAAGAAGGCAAAUAGUUAAUUUUAGUCAUUAGACUAAAAUUUGGUCCUUAAUCUAGUUUUAAACCUGUGCCACACCUCAUAGGAGAACAGCCUACUGCCUUUCUUUUCUCCCUACUUCCCCUAAGUCCUUUCCUUUAUCCUUGCUGCUUUUACUAAUUAGCUCUUUUACAUACAAGAUCUUUUAUCAUUUAUUGAAAUCUGUGCCUAUAGAAUAAAGAUAAAUAGACCUAUUCAUAUUUCCCUGAAACUGUUUAGUGUGCUGCCUCAGCCUACUCUCCAGAAUGUUCUUCCUUCCCCAACCACAGGAGUGGUCUGUGUAAUAUGCACUCUAAGCACCAUCAGAAUCCCUGCUGCUCUUUGGGCAGCAGAGGAGAUUAUGGCCUCACCAUACCAACCUGAGUCAGCCUCCUGCUCUUUACUUUAACUUCUUCCCAUUUACUUUGCUGGGUCCUAACAAGGGAGCUGGAGGAUAAGCUGCUACAGUCAUAAGGCCUAGAAUUGGUGCUCUGUCCCAUGGCCAAAGAAGAACCAUCUUUGUCUGGCCACUUGAUUUGUAGCUACCUAUGUACAAGUCACCAACAGGUACCCAGCUGAUGGAUUUCUCAGUGGGAAUCGAGUCAGUGUACCCACAUUUUGUUUUUCACCAGCAUUCUCCUCUACCAUGUGACUAAAUCUAGUGUCACAUAGUAUGGCAGUAAGAAAAACUUCUUUUAGUGAAGCACAAAAACAGCACACAAUAUUUUGAUAAUCAUGUGCUCCAUCAAUAUUAACAAAAUUGAACAAAGAAAUUUGAUCCACAUCUCCAGUUCACCAGUAAUUUGUUUUCUCAAAAAUUUUUCAGGAAGUCAAUAUGAGAAAAUAAUGUAACACAGUUUUUUGGUUAUUAUUUCCUGACCUUUUCUUAAAUAUUUUUAUGAGUGCUAAUCCCCAAACUCUGUUUUCUUUUUGUUUAUCUUAUUAUUGUACUUUUUGGUAUUUCUGAAUCUGUCUUCUACCUUAAAUCCUUCCGGAAUAGGGGAGGUAAUAAAUAUAUUCCCACAAAAUCAGGAGAAAAGGAAAAUUCCCAGAGAAGCUGUGGUUAUGAUUAGGGUUCUAUAUGGAACUAAAUUUGAAUAGGUAAAAUUGGUUCAUAAAACCUGAGUUGUUUCUAUUUUCCUCUGUUAAUGUUUAUGAAUAUACUCCUAAGAACUUUUAACUUCAGGAGAAAAUGCCUGAUUUGCUGUCAUUGAGAUUUCCUAGGAUAGUCUCUUAGGAAUUAUGAAGUCUAUUCAAAUGCUUUCAGUUUGUAUACCUAUUUUAUAGGUUACCACAAAGCACUUGUUUCAGUCUAUGAAUUAUACAGUUGUAUUUGGAUUCUAGCAUGUUUUAAGUCAAUCAUAUGCCUUUAAAUUUAUGGAUUUGACAUGUGUAAUUGCGUGUAAGUUUACUGGACGUAUUGCAUGACUUUUGACAAAUCUCUUGUUAAUGUUUUUCCCAAAUGUUGCCAGUAUUAUUGGAUUCUUUUUAUUAGUUUAAAUUUUGGAAUGUUCUGUAACAAAAUUAAUGAUUUAAACUAUUUCAUAAAUUUAAAUAUAAUGCCAUAUUGUACAUAUCUAUAUUAAAGAUUAUUGUAAAUAUUAGUGUUUGUAGAAUUACAAAAGGCUUUCUCAAAAAUGAUUAAACUGUUCCUUCCAUACUCAUUUGUGACAUACUAUAAAAUAUCUGAUUUUAAGUUUUGGAAUUUUAUCUUCUGAUAAAAUUAUUAAAGGAAAAUACUGAGUAUUCAGUGUAAAUAAAAUUUUGAAAACAA